AUGGCCCUGUUCUACACGCCAAUCUGUAUUGGCUGGUGUGAGAAAAACACGCUAGAUCCUUUCCGGAAUCUAUUUCAACAACGAAGGCAGAUCGUCAUGAGUGUUACGGUGCACGCUCCAUCCAAACAAAACCAGAAAAAGACCUGCGUGCUCGCUUGCGGCGCCGUCGCCGACGCCGCGAAUGACGGCGGCUCGCCAGGGAAAACCAGCAGACCGGCUCCGCAAAGCGCCAUUGGCCCCGCAAGCGCGGGGAAUGAUUCCGGCGGCGGAAGCGCCGCGGGAUCGUCGGACGGCUUCGCGUCGCUGUUCGAUUACGCUCCGAUACAGGCUAUUGAGAUAGGGUCUGCGCCGCGAGAAAUCGGGGAUACGUACGGCGUGAUUCCGUUAGCGGCGCUGCCAGUGCAGAGACCUAAUAUGGGCGGCUCGGAGGUUUCUUACAGGCUGAUUGUGAUUGCGGCGGAUGACCCGUUAAUGAUUCCGGAGGCGAGUGGUUAUAACGGGUUUGGAGUCGCGACGAUCGGGGAGGGCCAGAUUGCGGAGAGGGAGGAGUUGCAAGAGGAGGUGGAGCGGUGGGCCGUCAGAAGCGGCUUCUCUAACCGAGUCGACGAUUGGGACCUUCAGGAAGAUAAGGACGCGGAUACUGUCUUAAUCGACGCGCAUCGCGUCUGGAAGCUAGUCUUCCCCACCCUUCGCAAGCCGACGCGUCUCGCCCGUGGAGCGACCUUCCGCCGUCUCGAUCCGCGAACGUCCUUCGCGCGGCCAGGGAGCCCCGCCACCGCGGCGCCACCUCGCGUGCUGGAGCUCGUCGCGAAGCCGGCGGAGACCUGCGUGAUUUCCGCCGCGAAAUCCGCGUCGUUUUCGCACAAAUCCGCGCGAAAGUUCAACGCGAGCGAAUUUAACCGAGCGAAAACCGUCGGGGGUGGCGAGCUUUACCGGACCGGUAGCUACGGCGACAGCUUCGGCAACGACAGCUUCGGCAGAUUCGACAGCCCCAACAGCGGUGGUAGCGACGCCGACUUGCUGUCACCUGGAAGCGGUUUUGGCGGCGGCGAAAGCGGAAACCAUAGUAGACGAGCCGCGGGGCUCCCUCCUGCAUCUCCCCCGGUGCGACGCGUGCACAGCGUGGAGGCGUUUGAGGGAGAGGACGCGUCGCGGGGCUUAAGUAGGUCGAUGGCGGUAGAAGCGGGGGGUCUUGGUUUCGGCGUGUAA